CACGUGCCCGCUCCUGCUCCACACACACCUCUGUGGUAGCCAUCUAACCUGGUGCACGGACGGAGGUGGCGUACUCCACUCUCUCACCUUCCACGCUGGGAGACGUGUGCACUGUCUUACGGCGCUGAGGACGGGUGCUUCGGUUACAUGAUAUUGUAAUCUAACAUCGGAAGAGUAUUUUCACCCCACAGUGAGAGCGGUGAUUAAUUUGGAGUGCGUUACCUGAGGACUAUCCACAACUGUGAGAAUACCCGGACUUUCUCCGGCAAUACUGCUGUCAUACUCGUCCGCAUCUUCUAGUUGACGCAAGAACUGUAAAAAAGGGACAGAUAUAUUAGAAAACAUUUUGCAAAUCUUUCAUACAACUUACGAAAACACACUUUUUGUAUAAAAACGCUGCAAAUAAAUUCCGAGAGUAGCAGUGCUUGCAUGUUGUCUCGUGUGUGUGUGUGUCACAGAACUAAAAUACUUAAGAAAACAUAUAAUUGUGAUCUUUGAAAUACCGCCGAGUUCACACGAGAAACCCCUUCGUUCCGAGUGGAGAGACAUCGAUGCUCUCGUGGUAGUGAUCCACGAGGUGCCGCGAGGUGGUGACUGGUCGCCCGCAAGAUGGAGAGGCUUGAGGACCAGGGCUGCUACAGCCCCUCCACCGACACUAACAACAACACCAACAGCAGCAGUAACGCCACCGGGAACACCCACGCGGAGGAGAAGUACGCCCUUCGGCCCAGGACCAUCAUCAAGCGACUCCAGCAAGAAAGAACUCGGCAGGAAGUUCCCAAGCGGCCGGCCAAGUCCAAAUCGAGGCCAGCGCCGCUGUCGAAGUACCGAAGAAAGACCGCCAAUGCACGAGAACGCCAUCGCAUGAGAGAGAUCAACAACGCCUUCGAGUCUCUGCGGAAGGUGCUGCCGGAUACUGUGGAGGUGCACGCCGCCUCCGCCACCGUCACCAAGAUCAUGACCCUGCGGCUGGCCGUCGAGUACAUCAGGGCGCUCUCCGAUGUCCUCGAAGAUGACAGCGACCAAGAUUUCAGCUCCUUCGAGAGCUCCUUACACAACUCCAUCCAGAACUCGCUCCAUAGCUGCCUUCAGCACUCCUUCGCUCCCAGUCUUCAGCAACACGUCCUGCAGAAAACGAUGUCCUCGUCAGAGAGCCCCAUGACCUUCCAGUACGAGCACUCAACGACCUCGUUCAUCGAGCAGGGAGCACCUCAGCUGCCUCAGUUCGUGGGGCACUACACCCUCUCAGACCCCAUGUCUGUCUCCAGCUCCCCCUCCACCCUCCGAGGGUCAGUAAGCAGCACUAGUGACCUCGAGGAACUCCUUUCCGAUGACUCUGGCUUGCUGGAGGACAGCCUCGAUGUCUUCCACGAUAUUCCCACUCUGACUGUCGCUGACCCCUUCGACAUCCUCCUCAGUGCAGAAAAAGACACGCUUGUCUUCACCACUGAACUGUGUAAUUAAAGACAGAACAUUGAUCUUAGCAUCCCUGUAAGAUACAUAUAAUUAGUUUUAAUCUUGAAACGACCUCAUACGUUGCCGUGCUGAAAUGAUGGUGCUUCUGUUGCGGAGAUGCCAGACUAUUACUAUAUGCCUGCGGCACGCAUGGACGUCUGCUCUAGUCAGAGAGCUUGUCCACUCUCGCAGUGCUGACGGACCCCCACCGCCGUGAGUGGACUAUGGCUGUUAAUUAUUCAUGACGUUGUGCAGUUUAUGUGGGAUCCUCGGUGGUUGAUGAGACGGUGUGGAGCUAGGCCUACUGACUCAGUGGAGGCCAGGCUAGGCCUACUGACACCGUGCAGGCCAGGCUAGGCCCCACUGACACCAUGCAGGCCAGGCUAGGCCCCACUGACUCCGUAGAGGCCAGGCUAGGCCCCACUGACACCAUGCAGGCCAGGCUAGGCCCCACUGACACCAUGCAGGCCAGGCUAGACCCCACUGACACCAUACAGGCCAGGCUAGGCCCCACUGACACCAUACAGGCCAGGCUAGGCCCCACUGACACCAUACAGGCCAGGCUAGGCCCCACUGACACCAUACAGGCCAGGCUAGGCCCCACUGACACCAUACAGGCCAGGCUAGGCCCCACUGACACCAUACAGGCCAGGCUAGGCCCCACUGACACCAUACAGGCCAGGCUAGGCCCCACUGACACCAUACAGGCCAGGCUAGGCCCCACUGACACCAUGCAGGCCAGGCUAGGCCCCACUGACACCAUGCAGGCCAGGCUAGGCCCCACUGACACCAUACAGGCCAGGCUAGGCCCCACUGACACCAUGCAGGCCAGGCUAGGCCCCACUGACACCAUACAGGCCAGGCUAGACCCCACUGACACCGUGUGAACCCAUCCACAACAAUACAUGAGCGAUGCUAGUCUCCAGUGCCAUAUUUUGUGACCUUGUAGCGUAAAUGUACUUUCCUAAUUACAGGAUUAACAGUGUACUUCACCCUGUGCAUAUUAUGGGUUAUAAUAUAUACAAAUAAACCGUAAUUAAAAUCGAACUUGCAUGUAUAAACUAUAUACACCAUUGUUUGACGUAAUUCUAAG